AUGACAGAUCCGACAGGCACAUCCCCCAACAGUGCUACUUCCAAACCCUCUGUUCUGAUUGUGGGUGGACUCGGCUACAUUGGUCGCUUUCUGGCAAAGUACAUACAUUCUCAAAACCUUGCUUCCUCUGUGCGUAUUGUCGAUAAGGUGCUUCCGCAGCUAGCCCACCUUGCGCCAGAGUUCAGCGAGCCAUGUUCGCCAAACUCCUUCAUCCAGGCUGAUGCUGCACGUGAGACUUCAAUGUCGCGCAUUUUCGACCAUCCAGAGGGACCCGAUGUCACUUGGGACUACGUCUUCAACCUCGCAGGCGAGACGGCCUGGUCACAGACUCCUGAAGUAUACAGAUUGCGGUCCUUCCUAGUCAGCGUCACAUUGGCCAGAGAGGCGGCCAAGCGAGGGGUGAAGGCUUUUGUUGAAGUGAGCACGGGCAUGGUCUACGCCCCGAACCGCGUUCCGCGCACGGAGCAGGACAAACUGAAACCGUGGCUGAAAAUCGCGAAGGUCAAGUUGGAGGCUGAACAAGAACUGUCUCGCAUCCCGGGAUUGAAUCUGGUCAUUCUGCGUCCUGCACAUGUCUAUGGAGAGUACGAUUCCAAAUUCAUCGCAAAGGCUUUGUGUAUGGCACGAGUUUACCAGGAAGAGGACAAGGAAAUGAAGUGGCUAUGGACCGAAGACCUAAAAAUCAAUACCGUCCACGUCGAGGACAUGGCUCGAGCGCUGUGGGAAGCUGCAAAGUGGAGGUCCACCAACUCGGCCAUACCUGCGGGCUCGCCAACCACCAGCAGAAGGCCGACGCUCGGGUCGAAAGGCGAGGAGGGGCCUGGCGAUGUUCCAGUCUUCAACAUUGUCGAUCACGGUCAGACGAGUCAGGGCGACAUCGCGCAGAUCUUCUCCGAAGUAUUUGGUAUCAAGACCGGCUUCCAAGGAUCUUUGAUUUCUCAGUUUGCGAGGAUGAACCUCGAGAAUGUGGUCGAUGACCUCAAUGAGGAUCUGCUCCAGCCAUGGGCUGAUAUGCUGGAGCAAAAGGCCAUCACCAAACCUGGCCCGCUGACUCCGUUCUUGGAAAAGGAAUUGCUCAAGGACGCUGACCUCAGUCUCGACGGGAGCCUGUUCGAAAGGGUCGUCGGGUUCAAGUACGAGUGCGAAAAGUUGACGGCCGAACGAAUCAGAGAGAUGAUAACCAGUUACGAGAGGAUGGGAUGGUGGCCCUGA